AUGGAUGACGAUGAAAGUGAUGACGACAAAGAUGAGGAAAAUGAAAAAUCUGUGGUUAUUGAUGGUGGGAAUCAGGUGGACUCAAAUAAGGAACCUGAGGUUUGUUCAGGUUCUGUUACUGGUGGGAAAGGGGAUGGAGAAUCAUCUGCUGGACCCUCGUCUGAGAGUGGUUCUGAGGAAGACGAGACUAUUUGUAAAGGUAUUUUGAAAUCUUGCAGAAGUCCUGAUGGAGGUGCAGUUGGCAAUGAAAAGAAUGGUUUAGACAAACCUGCAGUGGGAGUUCAAGAAGAAAAGGUUGCUGAAGAUAGAGAUCUAUCUUGUUUGGAAGCUGCAGUUGUGUCUAUUCAGGCUGAAAGGCAAGAGUCUUUUGAUAUCAAGUCUGAUAUCGUGGAGAAAACUAUUAGUCAACCACCCAAUAUUUCUAACUCAGUAGAGGGGGAAGUCUCUGAUGUUGAAAUCAAUUGUAAUAUCAAUUCCAAACCAGUAGUUCAGGAAGAAACAGUCUCUGCAAUCAGAAAUGUUUCUGAAAUUGAGAAGCCGCUUGAUUUUGAUGAAUUUAACUCUGCAGUAGAUAUGGAGGUUCUUGGCAUGGAAAGGUUAAAGUCCGAACUUCAAGCACGUGGAUUAAAAUGUGGGGGCACUUUGCAAGAGCGUGCAGCCAGGCUUUUCAUGCUCAAAACCACUCCAUUGGAGAUGAUUCCAAAGAAGCUACUUGCCAAGAAAUGA